AGCCUGUUUUCAGCGGUCCUACCUCACCUGUGGUCUCUCCAGGAAAUGGGAGUGAACCUGGAUCUGCACCAGCACAGCCAAAGAAAAUCCGAGGUAUUGGGUUUGGAGAUAUCUUUAAAGAAGGCUCGGUGAAACUUAAGACAAGAUUAUCCAGUAAUGAAUCGGAAGAUAAAAAGCAAGAUAAGCCAUCACCUAACCAUCCCCCUGGAACAAAGCUCAUGCAUUUUCCCAGUACAACAAAGCCUGAAAACUCAUCAGAAGUGGUGAAAUCAGAAGCUGAAAGUAAACCAAAAGCCAAGGAAUAUUGCAGGACGAUAUUUUCCUACGAAGGCUCAAAUGAUGAACUCAGCUUUAAAGAAGGCGAGAUCAUUCAAAUAAUCAGUAAGGACACUGGAGAGCCAGGCUGGUGGAAAGGGGAACUCAAUGGUAAAGAAGGAGUCUUCCCAGAUAACUUUGCUGUUCAAAUACAAGAGUCUGAUAAAGACUUCCCUAAGCCAAAGAAACCUCCACCUCCAGUUAAAACUCCAGCUCCAAAGCCUGAAUUGCCAACUGCAGAGAAGAAAUUCCCUUCCUUGAGGCCAGAAGAAAAAGAUGAAAAAGCUUUGGAUCAGAAGCCUUUGAAGCCACAGGCUCCUCAAGUCCCACCCAAGAAGCCUACCCUUCCUACCAAGACGAACAGCUUACUGAGAGCAGGGCUCCUGCACCCCAAACGUCCAGAGAAACCCACUUUGCCUUCAUCUGUGUCCAAAUCUAAUGGAGAAGUUGUUUCUCUUCGACCGAAAUCUGAAGUUGAGCCAGUAGCAAAACCAAAGUUAGACUCUGAACCAUUACCACUUAGACCAAAAUCAGUAGAGGUAGAUUCACUUGUGGUAAAAGGCUCUAAAGAAUCAGAUCCAUUAAGCUUUGAUGCAAUAGCUACCUCAGAUAAUCUAUCGCACCCUACUGCAAACCGACCCAAGAUGCCUGGUAGGAGGCUGCCUUCACGUUUCACUAGCAGCAGUCCUGCAAGUCAAAAUGCGAGUCCAGAAAAAAAUUUGAAGGUGCAGAAAGAAGAAGAAAGUGCCAAACCAAAGCCAGUUGAAUCUAAAAAGCCAUCUGCAUUCAGUCCACCAAUUCCAUCUUCAUCUCAGAGACCGAGUUCUGUUAUACUCAACUUUUUUCCUGGAGACAUCCAACUUAAAGGAGAAACGGAUGAUGAGAAAAUUUCUGUGGAAGAGCUCAGGACUCAGAUUAAUGAUUUGAUGGGUUUAGUAGACGCACUGAAGAAAGAACAUGGGAGAGAACUGGAAAAACUGAAGAAGGAAUUGGAAGAGGAGAAGCUAUUGCGAAGUAAUCUGGAGCUUGAAAUAGAAAAACUGAAGAAAGCAGUGAUGUCUACAUGAUACAGCAAUGGACUCAAUCUUUUUAACUCGCCAGGAAUUCAAAGCUGAACACGAGGAGAACUGACUCUUAUUUCAUAAUAAUGGAUGCUGGUGUUCAACAGUCUUAAAGAAAAAAAUAUAGUAAAAAAAGGAAUAUAGUCUUCUAUUCAGAGAGAUAAACAAAAAAGAAUAAUGGUGUAAUUUUUUUGCCAAUAUAAAAGAGGCCUUAUUUCUUACUGUGCUGGAAUUGCAGACCUUAUUUUUUGGUUUGCUUGAAAAUACUACUGAAUCUGUAUAGAAAAGAGAGGGAAUUCUUCCUAGAUUUUUAUUGAAUACCUGUAGCUUAAUUUUUAAAGAGAUCUAUACUAUAAAUGGGGUGAUCUAUCUUUACAACUAAUCUGUAAAAUAGUCUAUUGGGAGGGAUGGAAUAACCGUAUCGUAAUUGUAGUCACUACUUUUUCCUUACAUGCAAAAGGGAAUAUAUGAUAUUUGUAUAAUUUUUGGCAGUCUUACCUGGGGUU